AUGCCGGAGUUAACGCCGUUUUGGAUGCCGGCGCAUUUCCUCUAUUGUUUGGUUGUGGAUGCCAGUGCUCGCUACCUUAAAUUGAUUUAUCAGUCAAAAUUGGCUCCAAAGUAUGAUUUUCUUCUAGAGAAAAAUAUGGACUUCCUCCUUUCACUGUUGAACAGCAAAAAUGAGAAUGUCACGGGACUUGGUGCAAGUAUCAUCACCCAUUCAUGCCACACUAGUAUGGAGCAGGAGACAUUGAGUGAAGCUGGAGUUAUAAAGAAGCUCAUUAGUCUUCUUGGAGGUUCUUUAAUUCAGAGGGAUGCUAGUUUAGAAUCUCUUGGAGCUAUAAUUAAGGAAAAUCCAGAAGUCAUUUCACAGUUUAUGGGACCUGAAAAUGGAAGAGCCUGA